AUCCAUUUCUAUAAAAGCACAAUAAUAUGAUUUCUCAAUUCUUCAUUCUGACCGACAGAGGAGAUCGUCUUAUUCUGAAGGAUUUCCGUUUUGAUACUCCCAUUACUUCCUGCGAGAAGUUCUUGCGUGUGGUGCGUUCGUGGCCGCAUGGAGACUGUCCUCCGGUGUUUAUUAGCGGAGCGAUUACCUAUAUUUUCGAGCGCAGAAAUGGUCUGUAUUUCGUUGUCACCACGAAGAUGAACAUGUCUCCCGCCUUGGGCAUCGAGAUACUGAGCCGUCUCCUCAAGAUCAUCAAGGAUUACUGCGGAAUGCUGACGGAAGAAGCGGCUCGCAAGAACUUCUCUCUGAUCUACGAAUUGCUGGACGAAGCGAUCGAUUUCGGCUAUCCGCAAGACACAUCCAGCGAGGCUCUUGUGCAGUUCGUGCACAACAAGCCCGUUGUGAUCGCCGACCCGAAGAAGAACCUGAUCGGCGAUGUGAACAAGUCGAUCCUGACGGACAAGGGCGCGAAGCGCAAGGUGAACGAGCUGUACGUGGACAUCUGCGAGCGUCUGAACGUGAUGCUGGCGUGCGACGGCACGGUGCUGUCGCAGUCGAUCGACGGCAACCUGACGAUGCGGAGCUACCUGAACGGCUGUCCGCCGGUGCGCAUGCUGCUCUCGCAGAACCUGCUGGUGGGGAAGGACACGCCGAUCCCCGUGGUGCAGGACGAGACGGGCCGCACGCUGUCUGCGGAGGACUUCAUCAUCGUGGACGACAUGAACUUCCACCAGUGCAUGAACCUGGAGAAGUUCGAGAGCGACCGCCUGCUGAGCUUCAACCCGCCGGAAGGCGAGUUCGUGGCGAUGAACUACCGCAUCACCACGCCGUUCCGCGUGCCCUUCAUGAUUCGGCCCAUGGUGGAGGAGAAGAGCGAGACCAAGAUCGAGCUGAUUCUGCAGGUGAAGUCGCUGUUCGAGCCGGACGUGGACGCGAGCAACGUGUUCAUUGCGAUGCACACGCCGCACGACACCACCACGUGCUCGGUCACGCUGGCCUCCGACGCUAUCGGACAGACCAAGGAGUACCGCGAGAAGGACCACCGCGUGCUGUGGAUGAUCCACAAGGUCUCGGGGCAGAAGGAGUACUAUCUGAAGGUGAUUUUCAACCUCGAAAAGCCGGCGACGCAGUUCGUGACCAAGGAGAUCGGACCCAUCACCAUUCGGUUCGAGAUUCCCAAUUACGAGGUGUCGGGACUGCGAGUGAAGGGACUGGCUGUGGACGUGGAGGACAAGAAUUACAAUGCACACAGAUAUAUUCGCUAUAUCACUCAGUCCAACAGUUAUUGCUGCAGAUUGUAAGUUUGCAUAUGCGUGU